GUAUUUAUAGAGGGUCAUUUUAAUGCAUCCACUCAAUCCCUGGCCAUCUCAUUCUUCAGACCAUUGGAAGCCUAUUGACCCACUAGAGGCAUUAACAAGGAAUCAUGUCUAUGGAACGAUUCGACUGCCAUUACUGCAAAGACACCUUGCUUGGAAAGAAAUACAUUAUAAAAGAGGACACACAAUACUGCACUAAAUGUUACGAGAACCUGUUUGCUAACGGCUGUGAGGUGUGUUCUUUGCCAAUCGGGUGCAACUGUAAGGACCUUUCCUACAAGGACCGACACUGGCACGAAAAUUGCUUCAAGUGUGCCAAAUGCAGUAGAUCAAUGGUGGACAAACCAUUUGCUGCUAAAGAUGAGCUUCUGCUGUGCACAGAAUGCUAUUCUCAUGAGUAUUCUUCAAAGUGCACCACCUGCAAGAAAACCAUCAUGCCAGGUUCACGAAAGAUGGAGUACAAAGGGAACAGCUGGCAUGAGACUUGCUUUCUGUGUCAGCGAUGUCAACAGCCAAUAGGAACUAAGUCUUUCAUCCCCAAAGAUAACAAUUACUUCUGUGUCCCUUGUUUUGAGAAGCAAUUUGCCUACCAAUGCUGUGCUUGCAAAAAAGCCAUUACAACUGGUGGGGUCACAUAUCAGGAAAAGCCCUGGCACCGUGAGUGUUUCACUUGCAUUGGAUGCAAGAAACAGCUAGCUGGACAGCGUUUCACCUCAAGAGAAAACUAUCCCUAUUGCCUGGAUUGCUUCAGCAACCUGUAUGCCAAGAAAUGUGUGGGCUGCACCAAGCCAAUUACUAGUUUGGCAGGUGCUAAGUACAUCUCCUUUGAAGAGCGCCAGUGGCACAGUGAGUGUUUCACUUGUACGCAGUGCUCCGUGUCUCUGGUGGGUCGUGGAUUUCUCACCCAACGUGAUAACAUCCUGUGCACUGACUGUGGCAGGGAGAAGUGAGCUCACCUGAGUGGGUUACACAACAGAACAAGAGCAGCUGAAACUUUCAACAUCUGCAGGAAAGCCUCCCACAGUGCUUUAGCAGUUUUUUGUUGUUUUUGCUUGCCAGUAAAAAGUAUAUUUUCUAUAUUUGGAUUUCGGCUCAGAAUAAAUUGAAUGUUGUUGUACAGUAGGAGUGAGAGAGGAAUAAACAUGAAAGAUGAAUAGAUUAAUGAACAGAUUAAUAACCUCUGCAGUCUUGCGAUAAGGCUGCUUAAUGUGAUGUUUAACGAGUUUAAUGAUUUUACAGCAAUGAUUCGGAAAGUUAUACUCAUAAAACCUAAACCAAUAUGGAAGUAUAAAAAAUUAAGAACUUUGUGCUUUGGCAAUAUUUUUGUCAAUAAACUUAUUUGACUCUU